AUGGUGGAUUGUCCCAUAUGCAGCAAGCACGUGAAAGAGACAAACAUCAACUCACACAUCGACUCGGGUUGCGUAUCCUUCGUUGACGAGCAGAAUGCAGCCGGGGGCCCUCAAAAUGGGACGCCCCAAGUCGCGAGCUUCUUUCGGACACCUUCGAGCAAGAGGCCUGCUCCAGCUGCGCCCAGUACCAAACUCGUGAAGCAAGAGUGCUCUUCCAAUACGAAUGGCACCUCUACAAAUGGCACCAAGCCAUCUCUCCCGACACCAGCGAGCAACAAACGACCAGCUCCCUCUCCUUCUCUAGAGCUUGAGGAUGAUUCUCGCCCUUCCCGAGUCCCAACAUCCCUUUCUGACCAGCCGCCCUCCAAGCGCUCCAAGCCAAAUGCCCUCCAGCGUGCGGCUCCUCUCGCGGAGCGCAUGCGCCCUCAAACCUUCGACGAUGUAUACGGCCAAGAUCUCGUCGGCCCCACCGGCGUCCUACGCGGCCUUAUCGAAUCUGACCGUGUCCCCUCAAUGAUCCUUUGGGGCAGUGCCGGCACCGGGAAGACAACGAUAGCACGCGUGAUCGCCAAUACGGUUGGCUCCCGCUUCGUCGAGAUAAACAGCACGAGCUCUGGGGUGGCGGAGUGUAAGAAAUUGUUCGCAGAAGCUAAGGGAGAGUUGGGUUUGACGGGCAGGAAGACUAUCAUCUUUUGUGACGAGAUACAUCGGUUUAGUAAAAGUCAGCAAGAUGUGUUUCUGGGCCCGGUAGAGGCGGGGACCGUGACGCUGAUUGGGGCUACGACGGAGAAUCCGAGCUUCAAGGUGCAGAAUGCGCUUCUGUCGAGGUGUAGAACGUUUACGCUAAGUAAGCUUAUGGAGGGGGAUGUGGUGGCGAUUUUGAAAAGGGCGCUGGAUGUUGAAGGGCCAAGCUAUGAGCCGAGCGAGUUAGUCGACGAAGAAUUGAUACGGUAUCUUGCCUCUUUUGCCGAUGGAGAUGCGAGAACGGCACUCAAUCUCCUCGAACUAGCUAUGGACUUGUCGCAUCGGGCAGACGCGACGAAAGAGAUCAUCAAGGCUUCGCUGACGAAGACGCUGGUCUAUGACCGGUCGGGUGAUCAGCACUACGAUACCAUCUCGGCCUUUCAUAAGUCUGUGCGUGGCUCCGACCCCCACGCUGCGCUCUACUAUCUCGCUCGGAUGAUACAGUCGGGCGAGGAUGCCCUCUACAUCGCCCGGCGGAUGGUUGUCAUAGCCUCGGAAGACAUCGGACUUGCAGACAACAGCAUGCUCACGCUCGCCACGUCCACAUACACGGCGGCGGAGAAAAUCGGCAUGCCAGAAGCAAGGAUAAACCUAGCGCACUGCGCCGUUGCGCUUGCGUCAAGCCCAAAGAGUACGCGCGCGUACAGAGGACUAGGCAAUGCGAUGGCCGCUUUAAAGGAACCAGGAGUAGCUGCACUGCCGAUUCCGAUACAUUUAAGGAAUGCGCCCACGAGAUUGAUGAAGGAGAUGGGGUAUGGAGCUGAGUAUAAGUACAAUCCUAGGUUUGUGGAUGGAAAGGUGCAGCAGGAAUACCUCCCUCAAGAGCUGAGGGAAAGUCUUUUCUUAGAGGAAAGGGAUUUGGGGACAGAGAUUGAUGAGGCCAUGGUUGGGGAGAGGUGA